UCGGCCGCCGUGCUCUCCAGAGCUCCCCGGCUGCUGCGAUUCCGUCUGAGACCCGGGCCACCCAAGGGGCGGUGGGCGCUUGCUGACCCUGGGCUCUGUAAAGCCCCGAAGGUAAAUCCGCCUAGGAGCCGGGCGGCUUGAGCGAGAGGGGACCAACGACGGGGCCGGGCAGCUGGAUGGCGGCGGAGGGGAGCGUCGCGCGGCAAGUUGUUUCUCCAGAAAGCUGAACUCGUCGCAAAGUUUCCUGUGCAUCAGCUUGCACCCUGCGUACUGGUGGCGGGCUUUUUCCGUGCGGGUGGUCUUUGGGCGCUGCAGGGACACGGAGGUAAUUGGAUUAUUCCGCCUGGGCACAGCCCAGAUUUCUGUCCCGGACCACGCGUUGCGGUGGGCGCAGAUUUUGCCCUAGAAGGGGUGGGUAGUCGACACGCAGUUGUGUCGCGCACAGCAGUCGGGUGACCGCCACACUCGGAGCGCGCGUCUGCAAGGCGUGCCUGUUUGUCCGGAGGCAAAGUUCCAUGAUUUCUUUCCUCUUUAGGCAAGACUAACUGGGUGCUCUUCCCUCCCGGGCUGACCUCCGAGUCUCCGCUAUGGACAGCGAGAGUGAAGUGGAUUUUUCUAGCAACAGCUUAACCCCUUUGUGGCGGAGGCGGUCAACUCCUCAGCCUCAGUUGCUGGGCCGGAGCAAGCCGAGGCCCCAGUCCUACCAGAGCCCCAGCGGGUUGCUGAUCACGGAUUUCCCAGUGGAAGACCGAGGGACGCUCCCCACUGUGCAGACUCCCACCCAGGUACCCACCGCUUCUGAGGGCAGGACCGUCCAGGGGAACCCCCUGCUUCUGUGUGCCCAUAGGAGGGUGGUGACCAAUGGGAGGACGAUCUCCCCGGAAUAUAGAGCUGUCUCUCCUCGGCUCCGACGGCCCAAGUCUCCCCAGGCUCCCAAAGCGGUGUUAGGGGGCUCCCCGAAAUCCCCAGCGAAUGGCACUGUGAUGUCCCCCCUACCGCAGCCUCUGCGCCCGCAGCGGACUCCCAACUCGCCCGCCUGCUGCAGCCGGGAGGUAGACCUGACCGGACUGACCACCAGCCCCCUGUCUUCACCCGCUGCAAAUGGGCUUUUCCCUAAAAUCGACACCCCAGGCUCUGGUUCGCGAUCUGGCCAGACGACUAAGGACCCUGAGCCGGGACCCUCGAAACUCUCUCCUGCGCCCCAGAAAAGGUCUUUGGAGCACAAACUCCCCCUCCAAAGGCUGCCCUCACAGGAGAACGAGCUCCCAGAGAAUCCUUCAGUGGUUUUGAGCACAAACAGCCCCGCCGCCCUCAAAGUGGGGAAGCAGCAAAUCAUUCCGAAGAGCCUGGCCUCGGAAAUUAAAAUAAGUAAAUCCAACAGUCAGAAUGUGGAGCCCCACAGGAGACUGCUCAAGGUGCGCAGCAUGGUGGAGGGCCUCGGAGCGUCUCUGGGCCCCGCAGAGGAUGAGGGCGAGGCGGAGAACGACGUGGACAGCCCAGGGUCUCUGCGGAGAGGCUUGCGAUCCACGUCCUAUCGCAGGGCGGUGGUCAGUGGCUUUGAUUUUGACAGCCCUACCGCUUCAAAGAAGAAGAACAGAAUGUCCCAGCCCGUCCUGAAAGCGGUGAUGGAAGACAAGGAGAAGUUUUCCAGUCUGGGAAGGAUGAAGAAAAAAAUGCUGAAAGGACAAGGAACAUUUGAUGGGGAAGAAAAUGCCGUCCUGUAUCAGAACUACAAAGAAAAGGCUCUUGAUAUUGACUCUGAUGAAGAGUCGGAGCCCAAAGAACAGAAGUCAGAUGAAAAAAUUGUGAUUCACCACAAGCCACUGAGGUCCACAUGGAGCCAGCUCUCUGCGGUGAAAAGAAAUGGAUUAUCACAGACAGUUAGCCAGGAGGAAAGAAAGAGACAGGAGGCUAUCUUUGAAGUCAUAUCCUCUGAACAUUCCUAUUUGCUCAGUUUGGAGAUCUUGAUACGAAUGUUUAAAAAUUCUAAAGAACUGAGUGAUACAAUGACCAAAACAGAGAGUCACCAUCUUUUCUCCAACAUUACAGAUGUCUGUGAGGCAAGCAAAAAAUUCUUUACAGAGUUGGAAGCAAGACAUCAGAAUAAUAUCUUCAUAGAUGAUAUAAGUGACAUUGUGGAAAAGCACACAGCGUCCACAUUUGACCCGUAUGUGAAAUACUGCACAAACGAAGUCUACCAACAACGCACACUACAGAAAUUGUUAGCCACCAACCCAUCUUUUAAGGAAGUACUAUCACGAAUUGAGUCCCAUGAAGACUGUAGGAACUUACCCAUGAUCUCUUUCCUCAUUCUCCCCAUGCAGAGGGUGACUCGCCUGCCCCUGCUAAUGGACACUAUCUGUCAGAAAACACCGAAGGACUCUCCGAAGUAUGAGGUCUGCAAAAGAGCGCUAAAGGAAGUGAGCAAGCUGGUUCGACUAUGCAAUGAAGGAGCUCGGAAGAUGGAAAGGACUGAAAUGAUGUACACCAUUAAUUCCCAGUUGGAAUUUAAAAUUAAGCCUUUUCCUCUAGUCUCCUCUUCCCGGUGGUUGGUAAAAAGAGGUGAGUUGACAGCCUAUGUGGAAGACACCGUGCUUUUCUCAAGAAGGACAUCUAAACAGCAGGUCUACUUCUUUCUCUUUAACGACGUGCUCAUUAUCACCAAGAAGAAGAGUGAAGAAAGUUACAACGUCAAUGAUUAUUCCUUAAGAGAUCAGCUAUUGGUGGAAUCUUGUGACAACGAAGAGCUUAAUUCUUCUCCAGGGAAGAACAGUGCCACAAUGCUUUAUUCAAGACAGAGCUCUGCCAGCCACCUCUUUACUCUGACGGUCCUCAGUAACCACGCGAGUGAGAAAGUGGAGAUGCUGCUCGGGGCUGAGACGCAGAGUGAACGGGCCCGCUGGAUAACCGCCCUGGGACACAGCAGUGGGAAGCAACCUCUGGACCGAACCUUGUGUGCCCCCCUGUCCCUCGCAGCACUGACCCAGGUGGAAAUCAUUAGAUCGUUCACUGCCAAGCAGCCAGAUGAACUGUCCCUGCAGGUGGCGGAUGUGGUUCUCAUCUAUCAGCGGGUCAGCGAUGGCUGGUAUGAGGGGGAACGGCUGCGAGACGGAGAGAGGGGCUGGUUUCCUAUGGAAUGUGCCAAGGAGAUAACCUGUCAGGCUACAAUUGACAAGAACGUGGAGAGAAUGGGACGCUUGCUAGGACUGGAAACCAACGUGUAGCCGCCCCCCCGCCCCGCCCCCCCCCCCCCGGCCCCAAUGGCCUUCCACGACCGCGAGAUUUGCACGACAUCCUGGCCGGCUGGUUGGUUCUGGGCCGGGUUUGUUGUUCAUUUUAACACAGCCUGAUUCAUCGGCAGAGUGACAGCGCUUUGCCCUUACGCUUGCCAGCUGGUUCUGCUCUCUCGGCAGAACAGCUACCGGGUACAGCGAGUUCGAAAGGCUCAGUGUGAGCACACGGUCCCCCUGCAGCCUUCUUGAGGCCCGCGGAGAGUCUGCCGAAGCGCCGGCCAGGCUCACCCUUUUCGGGCACGGAAAAUGGAUGUUGGGGCCUGUACCCUGGUUUUCUCUUUCCUACUUCGCCAAGAAUCUUACUGUCCCUCCUUUUAACCUCUCCUCUGUAUGGUUCCCCCGGUCUUGGCAAGAGUCUCUGUGUUUAAGGAAUGCCCGGUUUUGUAAAUAUUUUUUCUGCCUCUUACAUUUUAGGUCUGAUUCUAAUGCUUUGAGCAUUUCACAAGGAACUGGUAGAGCUCAAAAGGGGAGCUGCUGAGUUAUUCUAAACCUCUUCCCAGGAAAGGGAAAUUGACACUUGAAUUUUUGCCACCUCUUUCCUCAUUAGUAGGAGAGACACUUACUUCAGAGAUUUUCUUUUUAAACCCAACUGACCCGAUAUUGGUCUCCGAUAAGUAGAGCCUAAUAAAACCCUACUCAGGCUACUCAAAUAAGAUGGAAUUUAGGUGGUUCACAUAAGUGAAAACAUCCUGAACAUAGGAUUAAUGUUCCCAAAUGAGCUGAUAAACUGACAUGAGGCUGCUUUGCCUUUAAUAAUCUCGCCUCUUAUAAUUUCUUUAAUAAAGAUUUUCGACUAUUCCUACUCCUGUUUCUAAACAGGAAAUUGGCUGAAACACACUCUCAAGGUAAAAUUAGGCCCUGCCUUGGUAUCAAGAUGCCAGCAUGGCACCUAACCGAAACAUAACAUUUUGGUCUUAGCGGGAAUCCAUUUGAUAUAUACUGAAGGUCUUGCUUGCUGGAUUUGGAGGAUCUCUUAACCCUGGGUGCCUGCAGAACUUCAUUUCUUCCCCUGGGGCAAGGAGAAAGGAUUUUAAGUAGUUCGUUUCAUAGAGAGGGAAUGUGGGUUUGGAAGACAGAGGGGGGGAAAUGAUUUGUACUGGCAGCUAGGUUCCUCUCUAUUCCGUCUUCUUCGAUAGAGGGGUAAGACCUGGCAAAGCGUGCAUUAUUCAAGGACUCAGAUCUGUGUGUGACAUGUCCCACCUACUGCCUGCCAACCAGGUACCAAAUCCUGAGCGAAGUGAGCAAAGCCGAAGCCCAGGGUGGGAGCUAAGUAUGCUUACCUCACACACCCUGCAUCCUGCCAACUCAGCUGUGAGCCACUGUGGUACACCCGGGGCCUUCUCGUCCCUGGCUCACUCCCCUUGACUUAGGCAGACAUUUCUGGGUGUCAAAGACAUGCCAGGCCCUGAAUUCCUUGAGCUUUGGGCCAGUCAAUGAAGUAAUAGCAGUGGACGCAGCAGGAGAUUUCUCCAGGUUGGUAAAACAAGGCGUUGAUCUCCUCUUUCAUGUCACAGGCCUUUUAGAGGAGAGGUUAAGAAAUUGUAAUCUAAUCUCAUGUGAUGUUUGCAUUUAGGAAGGAACAUAAAUGUGUUGCUUGCAAAGGGAUCAUUUUGUGUUAUUUUUGCUAAUAUCCAUUUGAAGCUAAAAAGCAAUUGUAUGAAUCCUGUGAAUUAAUUUAUAAGUAGAGACGUUAAAGUCUGGGAAAUACAUGCAUUUUAUAAAUCAAAGCCUCGUUUAGCAAGCAGGUUAGUACUGUUAGCGGGUCAUGUUGUUAUACAGCGGGUGUGUAACAUAGUUUCAUUUCCACCGUGCAUUUUCAUUUUUAUAGGACAGUUUCUACGAAUAGCUUCUCAGAACUGUGUAAUGACUUCAGUGACCUGUGGAGAACAAAAAUACUCCUUUUUGUCCCAACAAAUUGAUACUGCUUGUAUACUUUUGGUGAAGUGAAUUUAUAAAGAUUUUUGUAUAUACUU